UUUGCGGGGUGAUAGGUCAGGAACAUGGCGACGCCCUGAAGGAGAGUUGUGCUGAAUGUGAAUGUCUUUCGAAGAUUAGUGGUGGAUUAAGUGAGCGAUAACAGCAGCAGCCGUCGUCCCGUUGGUGUGAUUCCUCUGCCGAGGCUGCGGGACGAUGUUGUGCCGUCUCUGGACCCGGGUCCCGUCUCGGUUCAGGCCUGGGGUUGGUUACCAGAUAAUGGGAAGGACGGUGGAGUGGCGGCGGCCGUAUCCAGCUGCGGAGCGGAAGAAAUUUUAUCAGGAUGUUAGCAUUUCUCAAGGGGAAGGAGGAGCAUUUGAGAUAAACCUGGACCGUAGGAAACUGAAGACACCUCAGGGAAAGUUGUUCACGGUCCCCAGUGAAGCUCUGGCAAUAGCUGUCGCCACAGAAUGGGACUCUCAGCGAGACACGUUGCAGUUCUUUACCAUGCAUCUGACAACCUUAUGCAACACCGCACUGGAUAAUCCCACACAAAGAACAAAAGAACAGUUGAUUAGGGCAGCUCUCAAAUACCUGGAUACGGAUACUGUCUGUUACAGAGUGGAGGAGCCACCUGGUUUAGUAGAGCUUCAGAGAAAUGAAUGGGAUCCAGUCAUCAAAUGGAUAGAGAACAGAUAUAAUGUUGUGAUUGGCACCUCCACAAGUAUCUUGGGACCGAACAUUCCAAAGGAAACUAAGCAGACCUUUGAGCAGCACCUCUCCUCGUACAAUUCCUGGGCACUUGUAGGUCUGGAAUAUGUCGUCCAUCAGCUGAAAUCAGUGGUUCUUUCAUUAAAUCUAAUUGACCGAAACUUGGAUGUGGAGAAAGCUGUUUUGCUGUCUCGACUCGAGGAGCAAUAUCAGAUUGAAAUGUGGGGAAAUAUUGAAUGGGCACAUGACUAUGAACUAUAUGAGCUUCGAUCCCGUACGGCUGCUGGAACCUUGUUCGUCCACCUGUGUUCAGAGAGCUCGACUGUCAAACACAAGUUGUUGCAGGACUGAAAGCGAUCAGUUGUCUGUACAGUCUUGGGUCAAAUCUAUGAUCAAAUAUAUCACAAUAAAAUAUGAUAAUUCAGUUUGAA